GAAGAAAAACUACAAUAAGUAAUUAAUAUCUCAGCAGAUCCCACGAAAACAAAGGACAAAUAUUUUAUUAGUUGUUGACAAGAUACUUUCUUAUUUAGUCUCUUAGUUUUUUCCUUACUAAUACUAUAUUAAUUCGGUGGUAUAGUGACAAGAGUGUGCAUUCGCAGUCGAGUUUUUUGUCGAGAAAUACGUCUCUGCAAUGAUAAUUUUAUCAUUAAUGUGUAUCGUGUCCUCAGUAUAUUGUGAUUCAGUUAGUGUUUCUACAAAUCAAGGUACACUUAUAGGUCGAAAAAAUAAAACCGAGAAUGGCGUUGAAUACAAUGAAUUCUUACAAAUACCAUUCGCAAAGCCACCUGUAGGAAAUUUAAGAUUUAAGAGCCCACAACCACCAGAAUCGUGGAAGGCGAAAGAGAUGCCAGAGAAGCCGAUGAGAACCAUAUAUGUACCCAAUCUGACAUCAUCACACAACGUACAAAAGGCAGCGAAGAUUGCUUGUACCUCAAUGUCUUUAGUCCGAUUUCAGCAAGCAAAACAAAUAGUAAGCCAGAUCGUUGUAUUCAUAAACUAUAGGCUUGGAGUCUUUGGAUUUUUAUCAUUAGAUAUUCCUGAAGCAGCCGGAAACAUGGGUUUAAAAGAUCAACUAAUGGCUUUGAAAUGGGUUCAAGAAAAUAUAGAACAUUUUGGAGGUGACAAAGAUAAUGUUACGAUUAUGGGAUUAAGUGCCGGUUCAGCAUCAGUGGAAUAUCAUAUACUUUCACCGGUUAGUAAAGGACUUUUCAGCAAAGCAAUAAUGCAAUCUGGAUCAGCUCUAAACCAUUGGGCUAUAAACCACAACAUUAAAAAUCUAAGUAUGACAUUAGUAAGAGAACUGGGUUAUAAAGCAUCUGAAGAUAAUGACAGAGCAAUAUACCAGUUUAUAUUAAAUACAAACGCAAUAGAUUUAUUAACGGCCAGUAUUAAAGUUACUGAUCCACGGAAUUUCAAUGGACUUUUCUUUGGUUUCGUUCCUUCUAUCGAAAAAGAUUUUGGGACGGGAGAAACAUUUUAA